AUGGCUCAGUUGAUGUUUGACGAGUUCGGGCAACCGUUCAUCGUCAUGCGUGACCAGGAGAAACAGAAAAGGCUCACUGGGAUCGAAGCUCUGAAGAGUCAUAUACUCGCUGCUCGUUCCGUUGCGAACACCCUUCGCACCUCGCUUGGCCCUCGAGGUCUCGAUAAAAUGCUGGUCUCUCCCGAUGGUGAAGUCACUAUUACUAAUGAUGGUGCUACAAUCAUGGAGAAAAUGGACGUUCAACACCAUGUUGCCAGGCUCAUGGUUGAGCUGAGCAAGUCACAAGACGCGGAAAUCGGCGAUGGAACUACUGGAGUUGUUGAUAUGUCUAUAGUUAACUUUGAUAAAUAG